AUGAAAAAAAGCGACGAUAUCGACAUUGCGAAUAGAGUAGGAAAAAAUUCAAUUUCGUUUUUCGUUGCUGAAUUAAUGAAAAAUAAAGAAACAGCAACGGCAAAAGCAACAACAAAGGAGAACAAAGAUGAAGACGAUGAGAAGGGAAAGGAAAAAUUAUUGCAAUGUCAUGGUGUCACACAGCCGUCAUGUAUGCUACACAACGGGACACCUCAGAAAUCUUCACUCACUCAUACACACAUCAGGAUGUCUCUUGCAACUCAUUCUCUUAUAAUAAAAAUCAAAAGGAUCAAGGAAAUGGCAGCAGACAAAAUUGUGAAUGAAGAGAAGUCAUGUCAAGAACUCUACAUGAGGUCUGUGAGCCUCUUUCAACUUGUUACUAUUUCUUUUUCAGCUUGUUGA